AGACACAAACGCACAGGUAAAUCGUUUUGUUGCAUUGGUAUCAAAUGGCAAAAGUGCUCUGUAAAGUGUUUGGGUUCCCCCUGAAACCGUUGCCCCUACGACUGUUUCGUGCUGCUCUUAGUGAUCCUAUUUCUUUUAUCUAAAUGAAAAGCAUUCUUCUCUUAUUCUUUUCUGUUUCUAUUUGUUUGUUUCUUUGUCAGUCCGUCCUUUCUCUACCGAAUAUUUUACAAUUGACGUCAGAUGAUAUAAUAGCAGCGCAUACCUAUCAAAUUUGAUAAACGCUUGGUGGUUAUGAAGAGUUGGGCGGGGGAUUUGUGCCGCUCAGAAAAAUGAGACGAAUACUUGAAUAAUUAAUUAAUAAUAAUUAUUGUGGCAUGUUUUUGUUAGUGAUUUGAGAAUCGCAUUCUUCGUUUUUGAGACCGAAAAAUGAAGCCACAACGAGAAUGAAAGAAGGUAUUUAAAUUCGAUUUUCUCUUUGUUUUAGAAAGUAUCUGAGGAGGUCUUGCGACAGCGACAAAGAGAGAGAAAACAAAUGGUAAACUCUUUCUGUCAGAAAUCUCCAAGGGACAAAAAUCUUCCACCCAAAAGGGAAAUGAAUUUCCUGAUUGUUUUAGAUGAACCAGGGAUUAUUUACUGCUCGGUACCUAAAGUAGCCAGCACAGAGUGGCGAGAAGCCCUUUCAUUUUAUCAUCAUCAUGGAAGAGUUCAAGGUAAACAAGCUCAAAACAGAACCAUAUGGAAACAUCUCAGUGAGUACUCUAAUCGGAACGUCACUACAAAAAUACAAAACUACUACAAAUUUUUAUUUGUUCGCGAACCGUUCGAGAGGUUGCUGUCGGCUUAUAAAAGUAAAUUUUUGGCUAAAAAUGAAGUUUAUCAUAAAAAGUUUGGCCGAGAGAUUAUAAAGAAAUUCCGAAAAAACGCAACAGAGCACCAAAAAAUGUCUGGGUAUGGUGUUACUUUCUUUGAAUUUGUCAAGUAUGUCGCGUUUGCGAAAGCUUACGAUGAACACUGGCGUCCCUACAGUCAGCUGUGUCAUGUGUGUAGUAUAGGAUACAAUUUUAUUGGUUAUUUGGAAACGAUUGAUGAAGACGCAGCAUUCCUCAUCAAAGAAUCGAAAAUGAAUGGUAGCAUUGUAUUCAAGUCGACUCGCCAUUCACGAACUUCUUCUGAUUUACUGCGGUUUUACUCUCAGAUUCCUUUACGUUAUAUUAACAGAUUACGGAGUAUUUAUUCUAACGAUUUUGAAAUGUUUGGAUUUCAAUUUCCGGGUCCUUUAAAAUCUCUAGUAAACUCGCAACUUUCAAAGAAUAACUAA